CACAAGAGGCUUUUAAUUCCCACUGUUUUUAUGCAACCCAAACUACAGACUACUCGAAAAGUUUUGCAAUGCCGCCAACACCUGUGAAUGAUGCUGAGGACUGAAAAGUGAGAUUUAAAAUGAGCACAAAUGGCAGCACAUUAGCGAACAUUUCCUCGCUGCCUCCUCAGGAGCUCACACUCAGCCGUCCUCCUUGGCUUUCCAGCACUCUGGGGAGUGUUCUCAUCUUCACCAUCGUGGUCGACAUACUAGGCAACCUGCUGGUUAUUUUCUCCGUGUACCGGAAUAAGAAGCUCAGAAACGCAGGGAACAUAUUUGUGGUGAGCCUGGCAGUAGCAGACCUAGUCGUGGCAGUUUAUCCCUACCCACUGGUGCUGAUGUCUAUUUUCAACAAUGGAUGGAACCUGGGCUUUGUACAUUGCCAAAUCAGUGGCUUUCUGAUGGGACUAAGUGUCAUUGGGUCCAUAUUUAAUAUCACUGGAAUUGCUUUAAACCGGUACUGUUACAUUUGUCACAGCCUCAAGUAUGACAAGCUCUACAGUGACAAAAACUCCCUGUGCUACGUCAUCCUGAUAUGGAUCCUAACCGUUGUCGCUAUAGUGCCGAACUUCUUUGUGGGCUCACUGCAGUAUGACCCCCGGGUGUACUCAUGCACGUUCGCACAGUCUGCCAGUUCGGCCUAUACUAUUGCAGUGGUCUUCUUCCACUUCAUCCUUCCCAUAUUGGUUGUCACCUAUUGCUACAUGAGGAUCUGGAUACUGGUCAUCCAGGUACGAAGACGUGUCAAACCCGAGUUCCGACCCAAGCUUACACCACAUACAGUGAGGAAUUUUAUCACCAUGUUUGUAGUGUUUGUGCUUUUUGCCAUCUGUUGGGCACCACUAAACUUUAUCGGCCUGGCUGUUGCUGUGAAUCCUGAGCGGGUGGCGCCUCUCAUCCCGGAGUGGCUCUUUGUAUUUAGUUAUUUCAUGGCCUACUUUAACAGCUGCCUUAAUGCCAUUGUGUAUGGACUGCUCAAUCAGAACUUUAGACAAGAGUACAAAAAAAUAAUCAUCUCAUUUUGCACUGCUAGGAUGUUCUACCCAGACAGCUCCAAUGAUGCUGUAGACAGGAUGAAAAGCAAGCCAUCUGCUUUAAUGUCAAACAAUAACCAAGUGAAAGUUGACUCAGUGUAAACACUUACACUGGUUUAAGGUUUAAUCCAGCAUGAGCAAGAUGCACAUGAAAUACUCCAAAUACUCCUCUGGACUCCUUGGGACUGUAAAAGGUACUAUAUACUAAUAAAUCUAUAAACAAUGUACAAAGACAUACAAGGUGUAUGAAUUUUCUUUAACAAAUUCUUUUUUUAAAUCGUGCACUGCAGAUAUUCUGAGUCAUGUUUACAUUUCUUAACGGGGAAAGACGUAAAAGACAUAUUUAUUUAUUGUGACAGUUUUUAUUGAUCAUUUUGUUCU